UUGCUCGGUUGGCAAUUUAAAGACCAAGAUGGCGAUCGGCAGUCGCGGUCGAUUUGCUGUCGCACUCGAGUUGUUUAACCCAAAUAUUUGAACUUGUUCUAGCUUUUUCGCUCUAAAGACCAUCCCUGGGCCAGCCAUAAGCUUGAAGCUGCAUUAAUAAACAGUUGUUUAAAAAAUGUCGGACGAACAUAGCCUUAGUAUAACUGAUGAAGAUGAAGGUUGGCGAGACGAAAAGGGGCGACUUGUCGAAAAGGAAGGAUAUUUGUCAAAGUGGACAAACUACAUACACGGCUGGCAGGAUAGAUACGUCGUGCUACAGAACGGCACUAUUGCCUAUUUCAAGUGUGAAUCUGACAGGGAACUUGGUUGCCGUGGUUCACUGAGCCUGGGAAAAGCCGUCAUAGAGGCUAAUGAAUUUGACGAGUGUCGGUUUGAUGUCCGAGUCAACGACUCUGUGUAUUAUUUGCGAACUUCUGAACCCGAAGAUAGACAAUCAUGGAUUGAUACUUUGGAGGCUGUAAAAGCAUCAGACUCUGGUUAUGGAUCUGAGACGAGUCUUCGAAAGAAUGCAUCCAUGUUGUCUUUGUCGUCGGCACAGAGUUUGACAUUAUCCUCAACGUCAUCAUCAUCUUUUAAGAAGGGUCGUAGUCUUCGAGAGAAAUUGAUGGAGAUGGAAACAUUUCGGGAUAUUUUAUGCCGUCAAGUGGAUACCUUACAGAUGUAUUUUGAUAGCUGUGCUGAAAAUGAAGCUGGAAACUCCGUACACGACCAUGCGGAUCUUGGAAUGAAUGACGAUAUGUUUGAAGAUGAGCAAUUAGCUGACCAUGAUGCGGAUGAUGAGAUGGAUGAACUGUCUUCAACUCCAACGCCAUCCACUCUUUUGAACCUCAAGAAACGAUCCUUGUCGGACGGUGGCUCAAACAAGAUGUUAAACAAAUACGCUAUCGACUUUAAAGGUGAAGCAAUCACAUUCAAGGCGACCACGUCAGGAAUAUUGGCCACCAUGUCUCAUUGCAUCGACCUUCUGAGCAAAAAAGAGGAACACUGGAAACGCAAAUAUGAGAAGGAGUUGGAAAGACGUAAAAAAAUCGAGGAACAAUACAGAAAAUGUUUACUUGAUGCAAAGAAGAAAUCGUUUGUUAGCGGACCAGAUUUCGUGGAAGGUCCUCACAUGAUGCUGAAUGAAGAAGAGUUUUACGAUGCAGUUGAGACAGCUUUGGACAAACACGAUGAAGAAGAUGACGAUAAAGACGAUCGGGAUGGUAUCCGUAAUUGUAAGAUGUUGGUGGAGAAGGAAGGCUCAGAAGUUGAUGAACAUCGAUUUUCCAAAGAGGUCAAUUCACACGUAUCUGAUAGUCUACAGUAUAUCCAAGAGGAUGUAGACGGGAACUGGACGCUGGUGUAUGAAGAUGGGGAGAUGUUGGUACAUCGUCGUGAUUACGAGGAAGGUGGUGUUGUCUGUGACCCGCUCAAGGCAACACACACUGUACAAGGAGUUACCGGAAGAGAAAUGGCGCACUAUUUCUUCGACAAAGACGUGAGAAUGGAUUGGGACAGUACCUUGGAGACGUGCAAAGUUAUUGAGACAUUCUCACCAAACACAAUGAUAUUCCAUCAAGUGUACAAGCGCGUAUGGCCGUCAUCACAGAGAGAAACAUUAUUCAUGUCGCAUAUUCGCGAGAUUCCGAGCUCCGACGUCUCGUUAGAACGCUUAGAAUACGAAAUUGGGAAUCCCUGGUUAUCCAUAAACUACUCCAUUGAUCACCCUGAUGUACCGGUGAACAAAUUCGUUCGGGCGACCUGUGACGUGGCGUUCUUCUGUCAAACGAUGAUCGCACCCCGUACUGAAGGGGAACCCCUCACGAGGGAACACGUGUCGUGUAAAAUCACAUACAGUUGUACAGUAAAUCCCGGCGGCUGGGCUCCGCCGUCCGUUGUCCGCGCCGUCUCGAAACGAGAAUGUCCGAAGUUCCUCCGAAAGAUCGGCAGCUUCUGCCAGACGGUAUUCCAAGAGAAAGAGAUCGUAUUAUAAUACCACGUUUCGCUUCUUCGCCUAGUAAUAUACAUUCUAAUCAAAUUUGUGCUUAACGUGCGGUCAAAAAUAUGCCGUCUAGUAGAAAGAUGCAUUUCUACUUUUCUAUUGAUUCAUGGUGAACGGUGAUAUAAUUGAUAUGUGACCAGGUACUCAACACGUAAAAGUUGGUGAUUUUCUUGGUUUUCAAUUCUCUGCCUGAAAUCCAAGAAAACCUGAAUGUAGAACCGAGGAAAAAUAGCCUGGCCUUCCGAAGCGUAGUGCAUUUCGUUGUUUCCUGAGCGCACUGGUAGAAAUUGUGUGCUUAAUACAAACGAAAUGCCCUACAUUUAAAUAGGUCCAAGAGGCGACUAAAAUUACACAGAUUUAUAACGUAUAUGCGACUCUAUCUAAACACAGAAUCGAAAUACAUUAAUACAAUGACGGCCACAAUUCUGUACGUAGAAAUUAUGAUUAAUAUGAGAUGAAGAAAUUUGCAUAAAAUUUCGUCCGUAGU